UCUGGAAAUACUAUUAUCAGUGCUAGAUUUGAUGAGAAAGACGAGAACGUCAAUUUGCAGCGUAGAUAAAGUGUAUUGUGGUAAUUAAAUGUGUAACUCGAUGACAGUUUAUUUAUAGUUUUUCUCCGUCAGUGUCAUGUUAAAAUGCUCAAAACUUUCCUAAUGUAAUUUCUCUUCGAUGUCAGUAUUUAUAGGAAACGAAGUGUUAAUGACAACUGACGGAUUGUUAAAUUGUUGUGUAGGUGGCUGCAACUGCACUUGGACUGUCUCAUUAUAUAUCUUGUGUACGACUGUGUAAAAGCAGUCAGUUUUAUAUAUAGCAAUCAUGAAUCAAAUGAUUGCUUUAAGUACACAAAAUCCAUUGUCUCUAUUGGUCAAAUUUGGGAUGAUGGCAUGGAAUGACACAUGUGGGAACGAAAAUUGUUCUGGACAUGGUGAAUGCCAUAAUGGUACUUGUUUGUGCGAGAUCCAGUUCGAUGGAUUAGAAUGUCACGUUCCAAAUUUAAGUUAUUAUAUUGCAUUUGCAACUAUAUUUUUUAUGUUGGCAUUCAUUUGCCUAAUACAACUCAUCAUGUGUAUUGUUGCUGAAUGGCAGAAAAUGAAAGCACCAUCUUUUGUUAGAGCAUGUAGAGUCACUACCCAGAAAGUUUUGUAUUUUAUUGUUUUUUUGGCAUCGUUAAUUCGAGGAGCGUAUUUCACAUCUCCUAAUGCGUUCAAGGAAGGAUGGUCUCGAAGUUUAUUAUCUGCAUAUUAUCCACUUGUUUUAAGUGGAUCAUCAUUAAUUGUUUGUUUUUGGGCAGAAGUGUUUCAUUUGAGAGACAUGUCAUGGGACAAGCCACAGUUUCUUUCAAAAUCGUUUGUGGGUUUUGUAGUAUUUAAUGUAUUAACAUAUUCUCUGCUCUUGGCAGAAUUUAUUACUGCUCAGAUAUAUUCUCAGGAGGAUCAGAGUUUCUACACACACAUUUUUAAUGGAUGUUAUGCAGUGCUCUUGUUUAUUGUUGUCAUCUUUUUCUUAAUUUACGGGGUAGAGGUUUUCUUUAAGAUUCGAGGUGGAUUUUUGAUUGAUUGUCAGGGAGCUAGAGUUGUAAACAAACGCACAGUCUCUGAUUUAAAAGUUAAUCCUGAAGAACAAGUUACCACAAAAUUAUUUGAUCCCAUUCCCAGUACAUCCCAAUCACUGCAAGUACAAGAACAGAUAAAUAUUUCUCAACUGCAUCAGUCUCGUGUUGGAUUACUAUCGCAAGCUUUUAUGCUUUUCAUUAUAGUUGGAUUCUUAUGUAGCGAAACAUUUAGCGAAUUUUGGAAGACUAAGGUUCCUUUGUACAGCAGGAAUUGGCAUGACGUUGUUUUCCGAGUUAUCGAAGUGGGAGUAGUAUUGUGGUUUCCAUGUGUGUUAUGGAAUUGUUUUAGCCCAGAACAGUUAUGGAUAUUAAAUCCAAAGCGUAUAUUCAAAAGACUAGAUCAGUCUAAAUACGUGAAGGAAAUUGAAGACAAAAGCGGAGAACAGGAUGCUGCACUUUUUUCAGAUGGUACAUCAAUUAGUAGUAAAGAUUGUUGGAUUUGUUACGAUAGUGACAGACAAGAUGCAGGCCCGUUAAUACAACCUUGCCAGUGUCGCGGCGAUGUAAGCGCAGUUCAUCAUAACUGCUUGCGUCGAUGGUUAGUUGAGAGCUCUGUAAAUGCUGACAGUUUGACAUGUAAAGUGUGUGGUACUCAAUACAAUGUUGAACAUGCAAAUAGAUUGGAUUGGCAAAAUAGCAUGACGUCGCGACACUGUUUGCAAACUAUUGCCAUUGUUACUACGAUGUGUGGGUCAUCAGCUGCUGCUUGGACGCUCAUACAAUUAGUUGAAGGUCCUAUUAUUCGAAUGUUUGCAGCUGGUACUGCAUUGCUAGUGAUGUAUGUUUGUAUAAGGUUUUUAAGUUUGAACACGGUAGUGGCAUAUCAGCGUGCCAAAAUUUCAUCCUUAAAUAUUAUCAGUUCUGAUACUAACGGAACGGCACACGUUUCAACUAUCAGUCACACAGUUUGCGUAGAUCUGGCAAAGUCUGAAACAGCCACGAUUUAAUCAGUACUUGCCCACUUUCUUUUUACUUAUGAGAGUAAUUUACAGAAAAAUUUGGAACGAAAUUCUUAAUGAUUUAAAUAGAUGUAAAUAAUAUACGAAGCGUGUAAAUUAUACACAGAACAUUUUUCUACGAUUCUCCAUAUAACUGUUAAAAUAACUAUUACCGAUAGUUACUUGACGAAUUAUGAAAAAAUGUAUUCUGUGAUAAUUUACUGCUAUUUUAAAGAAAAGAACGAUUGCCAAAUUUUCAAAUUUUCAUACAUUUUUCAACUAGUCUGUUAACAAGUUACCGUAAAUUUAAGAAAUUUUAAUUUUAUUUGCUUUCUUAGUAGCAGAAGAUACAUUUACGUUAUUAACGUUUAUCCUUAAUGGCAAUACGUUUAUCGAUAUAAGAAUUUAUGCUGCUAAGAAGUAGAAGAUUCUUGACUUAUUUGAUCAAUAUCAAUGAUGUGAUAACUUUGGGAGUGUAAUUUCAGGGUCAUACGAAUUUAAUAUUUGACAUUUAAUAUUAAUGUUACUUUUUUAAAGUGUAAAAAAUUACUGAAAUUUUAGAAGGAACAAACAAAAUGUUCGGAAAAAUAAUUUUAUUAUGUAUACAUUACUUAAACGUCACAUAAAAAUGUUUGUGAAUUGUACUAGAAAUCUCUGUGAAUAAUGAAAAUUAUUAAAAGGAGAAUAAACGUUAUGUUAAAUAUGGGAAUGUUGAAAACAUUUAAAGGUAAUAAGCGCAUGAUUUUGUAUCGUUUCUGAAACUACCAUAUUCUCAUAAGUAUAAAAUACUUUUCUGUUAUAAUAAAAUGGAAACCACGGUUAUUUUAUAAUUACUUAUUCAUACGAUUGUUUGUUUUAUUUUAUUUUGAACAUAAAUGUUUUGAAUAUGAUAAAAUAAAUUUGGUUUGUUGUAAUGUACAGUUACAUAAAAUGUGCACUACAUUUAUGGUUGUAGAUCAAAAACAUUGUUGAUAGGAACACAUAUUUCAUGAAUAAUUCAUGGACGCGCCACGCUUUUUAGUAGAUAACAUAGCAUAGAUUAUUUCUGUGGUAUACGAAUUUUGUAUUUGAAAAUACUCGCCUGUCAUAACAUCUAGUUUUGUAGAUUGUAUAUAGUAUUGUAUAACUGAAAAGUGACGUGUUUCUUCUCCUUGGAAGAAAAUGUGCUACAUAAUAUUGUAAUUCAAACAAAUAUUUUUUGCUGCAUUUUUUUUUGUAGAACUACAAAAGCGUCUUAGCUUUAACAUCUAUUACCGUAGUAAGCUUAGAGUAAACACUUAUAUGGUGGUUCCAUUAACGACUACUAAAAAACUACAUUUAUAGUUUAAUGAAGUGUCAAUGAUUAGCUAUUUUAUAUUAGAAACUACUAACAAAAGUAAUAUAAAAUUUGCUUAAUACAAAAAGGUAUGCUAAGAUAGAAUCAUACGACGCGAUAAAAAAUAUCAUUUUCUUGUAACUAUAUUUUUUUAUUAUAAAAUUGGCUGAUGUAGGAAAAUUUAUAUUAAAAAAUGUAAUUAUUUUUCUA